AUGCGUGAUUUCCGGAACCAAAGUCCACAAAGCACACAUAAAUCCCGAAAAACAUCCUUCAAAAAACAAAGCAUUGGAUAUGUGGCAAAUAGUUUUCCAGCUGCAUCUAAGUCGUUACUUAGUAUCCAGGGAUUAUCCACAAAUUCAAGAAGGCGGAAGAUUUCUUUGACUUUUAUUGCACCAGGAAAGAAAUAUCGGAGCUUUUUUUUCAGGUAUAGAACACCUAAUUCGCAGGAUGUAAGAUCAUUCAGAAGUCUUGAAAAUCAUAUUGGUGACAAUAAUUCAGCAAUAGUAGAAGAAGAAGAAAUAUUUGGUACCGAUUCGGAAUCUGUUUCGACCUUUCGUUCUUUGCCAUCGACAAUUGAAGAAAAUGACAGUGGCAAUCAGAUAUUAGAAAAUUGGCAUGUGCAAGGCCAUGACGUUGAUGCGGAAAAUGAAUAUAACCAUACUAUAUCUACAUCAGGGUUUCCGAAUUAUUUUUCGGCGAACUUUGGUUCGACACCAGGGAGGGAAUCUAGCAUUAGUAUAAUAGAAGAUGGUGGUGAAGAUUUUAACUAUGAGAAAACAACGGCAACUUAUGAAUCGAAGAAGCUGAUCAGAUUUUCAUUUCCUCUAAUAUUGAACUUUAUUCUUGAACAGACUUUCCCACUGGUAUGUGUUAUAUUUGCAGGCCAUUUAGGUAAACAAGAACUAGCCGCAGUUUCCCUCGCAUCGAUGAUAUCUGCAAUUAUUCUUUCUAUCUAUGAAGGUAUGGCCACUACACUUGAUACAUUAUGCCCACAGGCUUAUGGAGCUGGACAAUUUUCCCUUGUCGGAAUCCAGACGCAGAGAUGUGCAUGCUUUUCGCUAUUACUGUUUGUACCAGCUGGAUUGUUUUGGUGGAACACGGGCCCAUUUUUACGUUAUAUAAUUGAAGAUGAGCGUGUUAUACAACUCACAGAACAGUUUCUUCGUGUUUUGAUCUUUGGAGCACCACCUUAUAUACUUUUUGAGGAUGGAAAGCGUUUUCUUCAAGCCCAAGGCAUUUUUGAUGCAGGAACAAUUAUUCUUUUUAUUACUGCACCAUUGAACGUGCUACUGAACUGGCUAUUUAUAGAUUCAAAAGUACUUGGCUUUGGAUUCAUUGGUGCAGCAGUUGCGGCAGCUGUUAAUUAUUGGCUCACGCUUAUUUUUUUGGUGCUUUUUGUGAUGUUCAUUGAUGGAAAGCAGUGCUGGGAGGGCCUUACUAGACAAGCUUUUACAGAUUGGGCUGAACUGUCAGCACUAGCAUUUCCUGGCGUUAUAAUGCUCUUAGCAGAAUCUAUGGCUUAUGAAGUCUUGACGCUUCUUGCAUCAUAUUUCGGCACUAACGAACUUGCAGCACAAUCUGCACUUUCAUCGGUGGUUUCGCUUUUAUACAUGAUCCCAUUUGCUUUGUCCGUGGCUUCAUCGACAAGAAUUGCUAACUUUGUUGGUUCUGGCAACAUUUCUUCAGCUAAUGUUGCUGUUCACGUGGGAAUGACGUCCGCAGUUCUGUCAGCUCUUGUAAAUUCGACCGUUAUAUUCCUCUUUUCUAGGCCGAUAGCAAAACUGUUUACAGAUGAUGCGACUGUUCAGGAUAAAAUCAUUUCCUUAUGUCCACUUAUGUCAUUAUUUGUUGUAUUUGAUGGUUGGGCUUGUGUUGCAAGCGGAAUAUUAAGAGCUCUUGGCUUACAGGGGAUUGGAGGCACAAUUAAUAUGGUUGGAUACUAUCUCAUAUCACUACCGUUGGCACUUUUGUUAGGAUUCACCUUGAGGAUGCAAUUGGCUGGUUUGUGGAUAGGAAAUGGCGCUGGCCUUUUGUUAAUAGGAAUAGCAGAAACUUGGGUUAUAUAUACAGCUGAUUGGGACGCUGUUAUAUCAGAUGCCAAGAAUCGAAACACAUUGGAAGACUCUGAUUGA